GGUCUGGGUCCGGGGUCCGGGUCCGGGUCCAGGGUCCAGGGUCUAGGGUCUUGGGUCCUGGGUCCGGGUCCGGGUCGGUCGGGUCCGGUCCGGGUCCGGGUCCGGGUCCGGGUCCGGGUCCGGGUCCGGGUCCGGGUCCGGGUCCGGGUCCGGGUCCGGUCGGUCCGGUCGGUCAGGGUCCGGGUCCGGGUCCGGGUCGGUCGGUCCGGGUCCGGGUCCAGUCGGUCCGG